CCGUAAUCCGUAUUCCAUGGUCGUUACUUCUAUACUAAUUUGCUUUAUCUUAUAAGUCCUAACUUCUAACUUAUAGUCUACUCGUCUAGUCGUCCCUCAUCAAACUGAUGGCCAUCAACCUAUGUAGUUAGUAGUUACCCAUUCACUUUUAUUUCGUAGAUAUUUUUUUAGUCUCCCCUCGUCAUUAGUUUUGGUUAUUUAACAGCUAUAUUAACUAUUCGCCCUUGUCCCUGCGAAAUUCGAUUGUGGUGAUCAAUAUUUGGUGAACCAAUUCCCAAAUCAGUUAGAAUUUUAGUACCAAUAUAAAAAUGACUACUAACUGUAGCAACAACUGUAAUCUUUCCGAUUUCAAAUGGCUACAAAAGUUUGGACCAUCAUACUCGGUUAAAGCAGAAAACAUCACAGCGUUAAAAAGUCCCUCGGAGUUCUAUCGUACACUUUUAGACCGAUGUCGUACAGCAAAACGUCGCAUUGUAAUAGCUUCUUUAUACUUGGGCAUUGGGGAUCUAGAGCGAGAUCUUGUAAACACCAUAAAAGUUGCUAUGGAAAACAGACGAGAAUUGAGUGUGAGGGUUUUGUUGGAUGCUAAUCGUGGGUCUAGAGGUAAAGUAAGUUCACGUACCAUGUUGAUGCCCAUAAUGAAUCCAUCAUUCGAUUGUCGUGUAUUUUUAUAUCAUACCCCGAAAUUGAGAGGUCUUCUCCGGUUGCUGUUGCCUGAAAGAUAUAACGAAUUAAUAGGAAUACAGCACAUGAAACUGUAUAUGUUUGAUGACUCUAUAAUUAUUAGCGGUGCAAAUUUAAGUCAAGACUAUUUUACUAAUCGACAAGACAGAUAUAUUAUCAUUGAAGACUGCAAGUUGUUAGUAGAUUUUUAUAUAGGAUUAGUUGAAUUAUUAGGCCGUAUGUCAUUUCAACUGACAAAUAAAAACACUUUAACAUUGGAUCCUACUUGGGAACAUCAUCCAUACAAGAGUCCUUAUAAAACUUAUGCUUCAGAAGCUAGAAAACAGUUAAUAGAAUACUAUAAUACACACAUUAUAAAAUAUCCAACUUCUGAAAAUGUUACGGACACAAUAGUUUAUCCUUUAAUUGAAUUUCCUCCAUUUGACAUACAUCAUGAUAGUCAAACAACUAAUCUUCUUAUGUGUAAUGCUGAACCUGGAUCUACAAUGCACAUGGCCACUGGAUACUUUAACAUACCAGAUAUUUACAUUGAUACUAUGUUUCAAAAAUCAUUGGCUAACUUUAAAAUAUUGUUUUCCCAUCCAAUGGCUAAUUCAUUUCAACAAGCUAAAGGACCUGCUGGAUUUAUACCUACUGCCUACAGUUAUCUCACAAAUACUUUCCAUAGUAAAAUUGAACAACUCAAACUUCAUGAACGGAUCACUUGUUUUGAAUACCAAAGAACUGGAUGGACAUUUCAUUCUAAAGGUUUGUGGUACACUCCAAACAAGUCUGAAUUGCCUGUACUAACAGCUGUUGGCUCUUCAAAUUACGGAGCUAGAUCAUUAAAUUGUGAUUUAGAAUCACAAUUGAUAAUUGUAACAAAUAAUCAAAAAUUGCAACAAAACUUUGAUACAGAGAAAUGUGAUAUUUUUAAAUCAACAUCAUUAUAUAUUCCGGAUGGUGCAUUUAAAGCACCUCUUUGGGUACGAUUCGUUUUAAGAAUGUUUAGAAAUUACUUUUAACCUUUAUUUUUUUUUUUUUUUUUGUAAUCAAAUUCAUAUGAACAAAUAUAUUAUAUUAUUUUAAGUAUAAAA